AUGAAGGGAGUCAUGGACGACAGAGUCGUGCGACUGGCGAAAUCUUCGGGGUGCCUCGUUCGAGUGCAGGGGCCCGAUCCCAAGGGCCGUAAGCUGCUGCGGUUUGACUUUUACCAGUCCAGCAACGGCACAACAGCCGUGUCAGCGUCUGGUAUUGUGCUGCCAGGGCGGCUAAUCGAUAUUGCAAGGCAGCUUGAGGGACAUGCUAGAGGGGCAGGGGGUGUGCUGGCAGGAAAGCAGAAGUGUGGCUGGUCUGGGUGGGAUGGGCAUGGGGAGAUGAAUGGGGGGAAGGGAGUGAUGGGAGAGGGGGAGGAGGGUAAAAGGAGCAGGUGGGAUGGGGAGGAGGUUAGCAGGUGCGGGUGGGAUGGGGAGGAGCCCCCAUCGUUCCUCUCCACCACUGACACGUCGACACCUGGCGAUCCUGUCCUGCUGGUCGGCUCGCCGUUUGGAGUGUUGGCACCCACCUUGUUCGCCAACAGCCUGUCAUCUGGAGUGCUGUCAGCUGUGCUGCCGGCAGGGCUCCUGGCCCUCGACCUGCCCUUCCUGCCAGGAAUGGAGGGGUCUCCCGUAUUUGACACUAGGGGAUGCAUCAAGGCCAUGCUCCUGCCACCCAUUACAAUCAACCAUCCUCUUAUGACGUCAGCUACCGUUUCCAUCCCGGUUGCUGCGUCCAUCUCAUUGGUUGCAUCUGCCAUCCAAUCGGUGACCGACACAUCACCACACUCCCACAAAUCAACAACCGCCCAACAAAUACUACAGCAGCCCCAAUCGCAGCAGCAGCGGCAGCAAGUCUCUGCUCUGGCUGAUAUACCCUUUCUGGAGAUCAAUGCUUCACCCUUUCAUAAUGUCGAUGCUGUAUUGUGCCAAGCAGUAGCCAGAGCUCCUGUCGCUGGCAGCACCUACUGUCCUGAUUCAGAGGCGCCUCAAAAGCAGAUGAUUGUGCUGGGUCAGCUCUUAAACAGGGUACCUAUAGCUCCGAUUGCUUGCAGCACUGGCGUAAUUUUUUCACCGGAUUCACACAUACAGCCUUCCGUUGCUGCAGCUGCCUUGCCAGGCACACGGCCAUCCGUUUCAUUUGCUGUGGAAGCAGCAGGAGAAGCAGCAUCAGGAGCAGCAGAAGGAGGAGAGGCAAUGGUUGGAAUAGGAGCAGGAAGAGGAGAAGGCAUAGGAGCAGGAAGAGGAGGGGCAGGAGAAGGGGCAGGAGGAGGAGUGGUGAGAGCAGUGGCAGCAGCACUUCCUUCCGUUGUAGGCAUAGUGGUGGGAGGGACAGUAUGGGGCUCUGGGGUUAUCAUAUCCCCCUCAGGCCUCAUUCUCACCAACGCCCACAUCCUCACUCCCUUGCUCAAGCAGCAGUUCGCGCCUGAUGGGUUGAGCCACGGGCAGCAAGAGGUAGAGGCGAGUCAAAGCACAGCGGAGCAGACAAGGGAGCAUGAUCAAGGGAGCAGGGGAGGGAAGAGCGGAGGGAGGGUGUUAGAGGCUGCUCGAAGCACAGCGGAGCAGAUAGGGGAGCAUGAUCAAGGGAGCAGAGGAGGGAAGAGAGGGGGGAGGGUGGCAGCGAUGGUGCUGACGACUGCAGCAGUGCAUGCCGGGGCGAGCGGAGGGGCAGUGGUGAAUGCACAGGGGGAGAUGAUCGCCCUCGUUACAAGCAACGCAAAGCACAACCGGCAUGGCACCAUCCUUCCGCACCUCAACUUCUCCAUCCCCCUCGCCCUCCUCCUCCCCAUAUUCCACUUCGCUUCAUCCCUCCACUCCUCCCUCCACUCCUCCCUCCACUCCUCCCACCAUCCUUCCCACAACACCUCCCACUCCCCUGUAUACUCCCCCCCUCCUCCAUUCUCCCGUGCGUGGGCCUCGAUCGUCCAUCCCCUUCUCUCCCGCUUCCUCCUCCCUCUCAACACCCCCUCCCCGCCCAUCCACUCCAUCUGGUCCCUCGCCCCCUCCUCCCAUCUCACUCCUCUGGACGUCCCUCGUCCCCCACCGUCACUUUCUCGCCUCAUUCCCCCUUCAGUUCAAACAAACAGGCACAGGUUAUGA